GGGAACUUUUCACCGAUAAUUCAGAUCCUGCGAUCCUCGAAAUCCUCUGUUAAGUCUUAACGAAAGCCAACCUGCCUCUUUAAGGGGGUGACCACACGGCAAGAUGGCAAUCCAGAAGAAGCAUGGCAAAGGUCGGCUUGACAAAUGGUAUCGCCUCGCGAAAGAAAAGGGCUAUCGCGCCCGAUCCGCCUUCAAGUUGGUGCAACUAAAUAAGAAGUACAAUUUCUUAGAAAAGAGCAAGGUCUUGAUAGAUCUUUGUGCAGCUCCAGGGUCAUGGUGUCAAGUGGCCGCGGAGGUUAUGCCGCCGAAUAGUCUUAUCAUAGGAGUCGACCUUACCCCAAUCAAGGCGAUCCCUCGCUGUAUUACCUUCCAAGGUGAUAUCACUUCGGACAAAACUCGAGCGAUUAUCCGCCAACAUCUCAAGACAUGGAAAGCAGACACGGUUCUCCACGACGGUGCGCCCAACGUGGGUGCCGCAUGGGUUCAAGAUGCGUUCUCUCAAGCAGAGCUGGUCUUGCAGUCGCUGAAGCUAGCAACGGUCUUCCUUGCAGAGGGAGGGACAUUCGUGACGAAAGUUUUCAGAUCCAAGGACUACAAUCCGUUGCUGUGGGUUUUCAACCAGCUUUUCACGAAAGUCGAGGCAACGAAGCCACCCUCGUCUCGAAAUAUCUCCGCUGAGAUCUUUGUCGUCUGCCGUGGUUACAAGGCGCCGAAGCAUGUCGACCCGAAAUUCCUGGAUCCGAGGACGGUCUUCGCAGAGCUGUCUGAUCCCACCCCGAACAACGAGGCGAAAGUGUACAACCCUGAAAAGAAAAAGCGUAAGCGUGACGGUUACGAAGAAGGCAACUGGACUCAAUAUAAGGAAGUGCCUGCAAGCGAUUUUAUUCAAGCCACGGACCCAAUUGCUAUGCUAGCAAAUCUCAACAAGUUUACCUUUGAGCAGGGCUCAGACGCAAAUCUUGCGCUCGCGACGUUGGAUCGACUUCCUGAGACGAACGAAGACAUUCGAAUCUGCUGUGCGGACCUAAGGGUCCUUGGACGGAAAGAGUUCAGGAUAUUGUUAAAGUGGCGGUUGAGAGUCCGCGAAAUCUUCGGACUUUCUUCGAAAACGAAGGCGGAGCCUCAAGGAGAGGAGGUGGCCGAGGUCGCCCCGAUGGACGAAGAGUUGCAGAUGCAGGAGGAGAUGCAACGGCUUCGAGAUCAAGGCGACAAAAAGAAGAAGAAGGAAAGAAGGCGUGAAAAUGAGAAGAAACAGAAGGAGGUGGUGCGCAUGCAACUCAACAUGCAGACUCCAAUGGAACUGGGAUUAGAACAAGACAUCCAAGGCGAAGGGAUGUUCGGGCUCAAGGCUGUUGAUGGCGCAGGCCUUUCCAAGAAAAUUGCCAAAGGCAGAAUGCAUAUCCCUCUUCCCGCCGACGACCAGAAGAAAGCGGAAGCCGAGCAAGCUGAAGACGAGGAUGAAGAGAGCGAUCCAGAAGAGGACGCCUUGGAGCGGUCGUUGGAUGACAUGUACGAUGACUACCAGGGUCGGAUGGCUGACCGAGAUGCCAAAUUCCGCGCAAAAAAGGCACGCAAAGAACGCGAGGGCAACGAAUGGCAUGGUUUCGAAGAGGAAGAAGAGGAGGAGGUCGAAGACAGCGACGAUCAGAUUCAGGUGGAAGAAGAAGACAGCGAUAGCUCUGACGAAGAAGAUGAACCGCGUCAAUUGGUCACCGAUCUUGAUCAGGAUGCUGGCAAAACCGAAGGAGGGCUCACAAGGAGGGCCGCCAUGUUCUUUGAGCAAGAUAUAUUCAAGGGCCUGGACUUCGAGGGUGGCGCGGACGAGGACAGCGGUAUUGAUGUGGACAGUGCCGAGCCAGGAUCCUCAGAAGAAGCCGCCGUUUCCAAGUCUAAGCAGGGAAAACCAGCCCCGUCAGACUCCGAUCAUUCUGAGGACGCCUCGGAAGAGGACGAGCAGGAGGAUGACGAGCACGCAGAAUCCUCGGAUGAUGAGCCCGACAACGACAAACCUUUUGAGCUAGUCAAGCAUUCAAGGGAGGACUGGGAGAGCGAAGUCCAAGACCCCAAGACGAAGCGGCCCAACAUCGAUAUCAUCACCGCCGAAGCGAUGACAUUGGCGCAUCAACUUGCGACGGGGCAAAAGACGAAGGAAACCAUGGUGGACGAUGGGUUCAACAAGUUCGCGUUCCGGGACGUGGACGGCCUCCCGGACUGGUUCCUCGACGACGAAGGCAAGCACUCCAAGCUCCUCCGCCCCAUCACCGCCGAAGCGUCCGCCGCCAUCCGCGAAAAGCUGCGCGCGCUGAACGCCCGACCGAUCAAGAAGGUUCGCGAAGCCAAGGCCCGGAAGAAGUUCAAGGCGGCGCAGCGAUUGGAGAAGCUGAAGAAGAAGAGCGCGCUGCUGAUGGAGGAGGAGGGGGUCAGCGAGCGGGACAAGGCGCAGGAGGUGCAGAAGCUGAUGGCCAAGGCGGCGAAGAAGAAGCCGAAGCGAGACGUCAAGGUGGUGGUGGCGCGUGGUGGAAACAAGGCGAUAUCGGGGCGUCCGAAGGGGACGAAAGGCCGGUAUAAGAUGGUGGACGCGCGGAUGAGGAAAGAUGUCAGGGGUCUCAAGCGGGCAGCGGCGAAGCAGAAGAAGAGGUAGAGUGGCCCGAUGUAUAAAUGCAUUUUGGCAUCUUGGUCGUCUCCCAAGUUAUGAACACGCUAUUUAAGGUGCUAAUAUGUCGCCGCGAGUCUGCGGAUCAAAUAGUCGCCACUAUUGACUCCUGGAUACUUCUUCCCCGUCUGCUCAUACGUCCCAGGGAUCGCGUCGAUGAACUUGUCGAAGUUCGGGUUGCAGAAAUAGGCGAUCGAGUAUCUCGCCGGAUACUUCC